AUGGAUUCUAGUAUUUGCCUUGUUAGUUGUGUUGUUUCGGUGAUUUUAGUUUUUUUCGCGGUUGUUGACAUUGCAUCGGCUGGCCCUCUUAGACGUGUUGUGAAUUCGAACCCACAUUGGCACUCUGCUUCAGCUACUUGGUAUGGUAGUCCUAAUGGAGAUGGUAGUGACGGUGGAGCAUGUGGUUACGGGACGAUGGUUGAUGUGAAGCCGUUUAGGGCCCGAGUUGGGGCCGUGAGUUCGGCCCUUUUUAAAAAGGGCGAAGGUUGUGGCGCUUGCUAUAAAGUAAGAUGCUUGGAUAAAACCAUUUGCUCGAAACGGGCGGUGACAGUUAUUAUUACCGAUGAAUCUCCUGCCCUAACUAAAGGUCUAGUGCACUUCGAUCUUAGUGGGUCCGCGUUUGGACGCAUGGCUGUUUCGGGUCGUAACACUAAACUGCGCAACCGUGGUAAAAUCUCCAUUAUUUACCGCAAGACUCCUUGCAAAUAUCCUGGACAAAACAUUGCAUUUCAUGUAAAUGCAGGCUCAACACCUUAUUGGCUUUCACUUUUGGUGGAGUUUGAGGAUGGAGAUGGUGAUAUUGGAUCCAUGCAAAUAAGAGAGGCAAAGUCUAAUAGAUGGUUAACCAUGUCACAUCUAUGGGGUGCAAAUUGGUGCAUUAUUGGUGGACCAUUACAAGGACCAUUUUCAGUGAAGUUAACCACACUAACCAAAAAGAGAACCCUCUCAGCUAGAGAUGUUAUUCCAAGUAAAUGGACUCCUAAGGCUACUUACACAUCUAAACUUAACUUCUUAAAGUAACU